UCUCUCUCUCUCUCUCUCUCUCUCUCUCUCUCUCUCUGCCCCCCCUCCUCUCUGCAGGAGAACCAUCCCAUCCUCCGGUCAGACGGACACCUGCCUGUCCGCCUUCCUUUCUCCUCUCUCCUCUUCUAGUAUUCCCGGAGCACCGGACCGUUACACCGGGACCUUCUGGGAUCUGUAUGCGGCUCAGAGCGCUCUCAGGGCGGCUGUAGGAGCGGGGAGGGGUCGGUGUACUGACUGGAUGGAUGGAUGCGGGGUCUCGUGUCUCACCUUGGGAGGAGACACCUCUGACCUCUGACCCCGCUGAGAGAGGAGGAGGAGCAACCAUCAGAUCUCUGAGGAAGGAUGGAGGGAGGAGAGGAGGAGAGCCGAGGAGAAGAGGCUGAAACCUCGUCCACCCUGGGGAGAGCAUCGCCAAGAGGAGGAGAAGGAGGUGGAGGAGGAGGAGACACCUGCAGACAAAAUGGCCUCAUCAACACUCACCGGUUGGGGGCGGAGCCUCGGGAGGCGCUGCUGUUGGUGUACUCAGCUCCUCAAUUUCAGGGUCACAUGGUGGUGAACGCCCUCUCUCAGCAGGAGAGGAGCAGUGCAGGAGGAGGAGGAAGUGAAGGUCCUCCUCAGCUCCUGAACCCCAGCGCUCUUCUCCCCCACCAGGGGGUGUUGGACCCCCACCUCAGGCCUCCACCCGGCCUCCUCCUGUGUCCAGAGAGCGUCCUGCAGGCGUGGGGGGAGGCGAGGGGAGGAGACUGCUGUGAGACCACCUUCAUCGAGGGGCUCGGUCCCAGCGCCUCCUCCUCCUCCUCAGCUGUCGCCUCCUCCACCAAGGAGGCACUGCUGUUCACUGACGGGAGGUUUCUGGACUUUUCUGGAGAGGAAGCAAAGAUUCACACGCUGUCGUACGACAUUGACGAUGACGACGACUUCCAGGAGCUUGAGAGUGAUUACUCCAGCGAAUCAGAGAGUGAGGACACCUUCCUGUUGAUGCCUCCCAGAGAUCACCUGGGCCUCAGUGUCUUCUCCAUGCUCUGCUGCUUCUGGCCUCUUGGCAUCGCUGCCUUCUACCUGUCCCAGGAGACCAACAAGGCGGUGUCCAAAGGAGAUUUCCACGUGGCGAGCUCCAGUUCGAGGCGGGCUCUCUUCCUGGCGGUGCUGUCAAUCACCAUCGGGACAGGUAUCUAUGUGGGCGUGGCCGUGGCGCUCAUCGCCUACCUCUCCAAGAACCACCACUGGUAGCCCCGUGGCCAGGGAAGGAAAUUACCCAUCAGACACUGGGAAUGUGUUUGGGAUGUUCACCUGGAGCUCGGUGAGUGUUUGCCCAGCAGGUCGGCCGCAGCAACGAGGCUGAGGAGGACGUCGAUUUACGGAAACAGGCCGAGAGGUUUUUACUCGGCGCCGUCACUCGCUGACGAGGGCGGCUGUUUGUCAGGUGAUUCUGGAGUUUUGUCAGACUAGAACCUGAAACUUUAAACCAAUCCGAACGCAGGAUCCCCAAGAGGAAAUGUGGGAACUUUUCAGAUGAUCAGACACUGGAGGCACUCCAGCGGUUUGUUCUGCCUUCUCUGAGUGGAUCAGGUGGUUUACAGGAUGGAUCCAGUGAGACUCUUUGUCAUUAAUUACAACGUUUUGGGGUUUUUUAAGUCAACAAAAUCAAAUCAUCUAAAAAUAAAAAUCAUUUUAAAUUGUUAUUUGUCUUAUAAACAUGUGAACCUGUUGACCUUUAAGAUUACUUUUUCACAGAUGGAAACAAUAAUGAAGGCGCUCAUCAGGAGAGGUAUCAUCUGGAUCGGACUCAGAAACUGGAUCUCUGGGAAAGCAUUUCUCACUUGGCCCUCAGGGCUUCCAUAGUUCAGACUCCAUCAGCAGAAAAUAAUUCUGCAGUCAUUUUGUUGAUGGAUCAGAACCCUCACUGGUUUCAGUUUCAUGAUUUUUUUCUGUUUAUUGAAACUGAACUUCCUCCGGUUGUCAAAAGUCACACAGGAAAAGAACACAAAGAGCAAACUGUUCUGGGUCAGUGGUUCUGGACCGACCCGUCCCAGUUUGUCUUUCAGGACAUGAAGAUUGUUUGUUUCUCUGAUCGGAGACAAACUGUUGAUCCGUUUCCUUCUCUGUGGAUUUUUUUCCUUUCUGCUCCAGUUUCUGUGUUUCAGACUGGCCUCAGAAAACUCACAGAGAAUGUGACCAUAAAAACCCGUUACACUUUAAUCACCCAGCGGACUCUGGACGGGUUCUGUCCUUCAGACACAAGGUCCAGUUCAUCUGUAGUUAAAUCGACCUGCAGACAGUCGUCGCCUUCACUCGUCACUUCCUACCAGGCAUCAGUCCACAGACGGGUCGGUGUCACGAUCAGAAAUAUGUAAAGACAGAAAACGACUCCAGAAAUGUUAUUAAAUGCACCAAAACAGAUCAAAGGGAAACUUUAACAGUAAAUUGAAUACAUAUGGAGAAUUAAUACAAAAUUAAAUGAACACAGAAGCAAAUUAAAUCUUCUGUCAUGAUUAAAAAUUAAUGAUCGCUUUUGUUCAUUCUGUGAUGCAUUUAAUGGCUCAUUCAUUAAUAGAUGUCCCAAUAUCAAGACCAAACCUGCAUCAGCGUCAUGUUUACUGACUGAGUCUCGUAUUAACUUGUGUCUGUUAACUGUCGGGCUGUAAAACCAAACCGGAGGCCGUCUGCAGGUUCCACUGAGCUUCAGGUCUGAUGACAGUCACUGUCAGACCUCCAUCAAACAGCUCUUUAAUUAACCCACUGCAAUAUGUCUCUGUGACAACAACCCCACCCGUCUGGGGCGACAAGAUGAUCAAAACAAAUGCUAACAGGCGAUGUGUGAUCCGGGUCUGACGAGGCUUAAUGUUUACAGGGCGGAGCUCUGACAGGAAGCUGGGUGAAACUCCGCUCUUGACCGUGCUCACGUUUCCACAAACAGCCUGAUGCUAAGCUAACAGACAUCUGAGCAGCCAAUCGGGUUCUCUCCGACUCCAGACAAACCAACAGAUACUGUCGCCCUACUCUUCAAUAACCAAUGAGAAAAAAGGUUUAAAGCAUGUUGGUUCAGUUUGACUUCACUUCCUGUGAGUCGGACAAAGUCAAUAAAACGUGUAAGUAAAAGUAAAAUACUCCAUAUAUUCAGAUGUCGAUUAUUGGCUCCGAUGAUCAUAAAUCACCUUUGUUAUUAUUUUAUAAGGUCUCCAGGUCGGGAUCAAACCCCGGGGGCUGCUGCAGCGAGGACACACCCUCUGUACAUGAGACGCUGCUCCACCAGCUGGGCUCAUAACUGUUCUCAUACAAACUCUCAAAUUCAGCCAUCAGCCAAUGAAAUCUCAUUUCACUGCAGCGUUGAUCAGAAACAUCAUUUGAGAAGAUAGUAAACGAAGAUGGCAACAAAACAGAUUUAUAUGGAUUUACAUAUACAUUUAUAUGGAAACUUGAUUAAACUUCUUUAGUUUCUAUUUUUGGAGUGUCUUUGGACGUGAUUGGUUGGUCUGGACUCGUUUGGGUCAGGUGCAUUUGGGAAACGAGAGCUCGGUCUUUGUCUCAUUCUUGGCAGCUUCACAUAUAAAUACCUGAGCUAAAGGGCUGAAACCAUCGUCACCACACUGUUCUGUACAUCCUCCCUGCAGACACACCUGCAGACACACCUGUACUCUCACCAGAGGUCACAUGGCUGAACACAUGUUAACUAAUCUGGAAUUAAGACAGGGUUCAGCAUGCAGCCAGACUGACUCCACGGCAUUGUUAUACUUCCUUUUAACAGCCCCUAAAGCAUCAUGGGAACUGUUGUUCUUGAACUUAGUCAUCUAACACUCAGAGUAGAAUCACUAAUUUAAGACUCCAGUCAAAGAAAUGCAGUCGUUGAUCUCUGUGACUGGUUCUGAUGUGAUUGGUUCUGAUGCAGUUUUAUUGUCAGCAGCAGAUUUAAAGUUGUGUCAGAGAAACACUUCACAUCUCAUCUGCUCUAAUUAACGGACCAAUCACACCAGUUAUUGCUAGAAAUCAGAUCAAUUAUUAUUGCGACUCAUUUCUUAUUACUGAUUGGCUGAUCACUGACUUAUUCCAGUGUUCACAGCUGAUUCUAAUCAGAAAUGACUGAUCUAUCUUAUCAAUGCUUUUAUUAUGAAGGUCAGAUGUGACAUAAGUCUUAUGGUUCCAUUAAUGUGAGACUGACACAGCUCCAGAUAUCGACCCGAUCGACACGAUUAUCACAAGCAAACAAAUUGAUUUUAUGGUGAAUAAAAGUUCUGUGGGUCCGAUUCAUCUGAACCGUGUUGAAUGGUUCUGUGUCCACAUAUCAACAUUUAUCAUCCAACCGUACUUUGACAUCAGCUCACACGGAUCUACACGUUACACAUAUUCAUAUGUUUCUGCAACGUGACUGCUGGUGUCCAGUGCAGAGGUGUGGUUAGCCUAGCUUAGCAUUAAGACUGGAACCAGGUGGAAACUGUUAGCCUGGCUCCAUCGAAAGAGUGUUCACUGAACACACACACUUCCUGCCCAGCUGCAAAACAGACAGAGCUGCUCUUUGAUUAGCUGUUUUUCUGUCUCUUUUUUUUUUUUUUUAUCGAUCUCUGGACUUAAAGUGCUUGUUAAUAAAUCGAAAUGUUGUAUAUCCACUGAAACGUUUGUGUUUGUGUUUAAAUCAUCAUCAGUAAGUUCUGACUCACUCCACGCUUACUGUCACACACACUGUAAUGACACUCCCAUACACUGUAAGGACACUCCCAUACACUGUAAGGACAUUCCCAC